UGCCUUUUCUUCUUCCACAAGCAGUUCAUUUUCUAGGAAGAGACCAAAAAAACACAAUCAGAGUUGGUGUUCUUCUCAUCAUCGAUUCUAUAACAAUGGCUACGGAGCAAUCUGUUAUGGCGGUGAUACGGGCAGCAAGACCCACUUUCCGUAAUCCCCACGACAAGGUAGCGUUUGCUGUUCACGCUGCCUUCCUUGCUUCUGGCUUUGUUCUCCAUGCCACUGGCCCUGCCGCUUCCACUGAUGAUGCUCUUUCUUCCUCCUCAACUGUAGAUGAGGUGGGGAUUGAUCAUUGGAAUGAAUUUGAGGAUUGUUAUGCAUUUGUGUAUUCAAAGCCUGAGAAGAGCUCCAAAAAAGUGUUAGUGAAGUGCCUUGUAAUGAACAAUAAGCUGCUUAUAGAUGCAUUCAGGGAUGGCGAUAACGAGCCUUUACAUCUUGAACUAAGUGUUGAGGACUACAUUGUCGAGGAUGGGGGAACUAAUUACAACACCCAGUUCAAGAAUUUGGGAAAGCUGGUAGGAGAACUGAACAAAGCCAUCCUGACUAAAUAUACUGGUUCUCCUACAUCAAAUUCCUCUACUCAAACUUCACGUUCUGAAAAGGGAGGACUCAACGACCAGCCUAAUGUUGAACGCCAACCUGACUACCCGUAUCAGCCUGCAGGUUCUUUUCCCUCGGGGUAUGUGGUUCCUCCCAUUCCUGGUAUUGGCGGUGGUGAUCUUUUCCCCGGGCCUGGUGCUGGAGUAUACCCAACCAGAGGCGAACCAGGAACUGGUGGGAGCAUGCUUGUAGGGCCUAAUGACCCUCGUUUUUUUGGUGGAAUGGGUGGGGAUCCUCGUUUACCUGGAGGACUGCCGGGUGUUCCACCUGGUGCCCGUUUUGAUCCGUAUGGUCCACCAGAUGUUCCUGGCUUUGAACCAGGUCGCUUUAUCAGGAACCCAAGGAGGCCUGGAGGUGGAGGGAGGCCUCAUCCAGAUCUCCCGCAUUUUGGUGGCGAUUCCGACUUCAUAUAGAGUAUUAUGAAAGACAACUCAGAUACACUUGUCUUGUUUUUUUCCUGUUUUUGUUAGUCUUGUAGACUGCAGAUCUGAGUAUUUCGAGUUAGGCAACGGUGUAUAUAAGUUUUUCUAAACUUCAAAUUUACGUCUUUGAGCAUUUUCCAGUGGUUGGAACAUGACAGGAUAAUUUGUGAAGCAACUUGUAAUGUAACAACAAAAUCAAAAUAAACAGGUGGAGUAUUUGGUGCAA